AUGGAAGCACUCCUGUCCGGUUUCGGUGAUAGACAGCCUGCUGUCGAAGAGCCCAGAGCACCGGAACCCACAGAUACCCCACACGGCCUGGAGAAAGAGCUUGCCAACUUAAUCAUAUCAGAGUCGGGCGAGCAGAAAUACGUCGGUCCCUCGGAAUUUUCUCUCUUCUCCCCUCGAGGCUUGGCCUGGAUUCGGCGCAAGACUGGAUCAACCCGGGUAGCCACCAUCUUAGAGAAAAUGCGGCGAAUCGGCCCCAUAUGGCCCUCAUACAGGAUCGGCCAUCAGUGGGAUGGAGGUCAUACUGCUGGAUGCCGCCUCCCAAUCAAGGAGGCAGCCGUACAGCUUGCCAACAAUUACUUUACGACUUUCAACUCCCCUUUUCCUUUAUUCGAUCAGAAAUCCUUCUGGACCAUUUUUCAUCAACAGUAUUCUACCAACCCUCCCACAAAGCGAUCAUGGUUUGGUGCUCUGAAUGUUGUUCUGUCAAUCGGCUGUAUCACUGCUACAGACUCCGUCUGGAGCAGUGUUCGUGACUCCGACCCGGAUUAUUUCUCAAAUGCGUCCGACAUAUCAUGGAAACUUUUUCAAAAUGCCUCGUCCGUACUGUUGGACAUCCUCUUUUUGAACAACGACCUUGUGGGCGUGCAGACAGUAAUUGGAAUGGCAUUCAUCAUGCAAGCCACCAUGAAUCCCGAGGCAGCUUUUUCACUUCUCGGAAUCGCCGCUCGGCUGGGGAAUGCUCUUGGUUUGCAUCGAUGGCUUGAAGGUUUCGGCCUGUCUCGGGCGGAACUGGAGCAGCGACAGAAGGUCUUUUGGAUAUUGUACAUCCUGGAGAAGGACAUGUCUAGCCGGGUUGGCAGGCCCUCUGCUAUUGAUGACGACGACAUCGGCUUCGGUUUCCCAGCAGAACAUUCCCAUGGAAACGGUGGCAUCAGCAUAUCAAGUGCUUCCCACGGCGAUACAAAGUUUUACCCUUUUCAUUACAUGUGUACCCUUGCGCGCAUUGAGAGUAAGGUGUACAAAGAGCUUUACGCCUAUGCUGCUCGGCUGAAAACAUCCAGCGAGAGGCUCGAAUCUAUCAGCAGAUUAGAUGCAGAGCUUCAGGAAUGGAAGGAGAGCUUCCCGGUAGAGAUCAGGCCGGAGCAUCCCAUUCAAUGCGACUCGGAGAGCCGGUUUCCGAUUGUCAUACUUCAUUUCGGAUACUAUCAUUGCCUGACAGCUGUCCAUCGGGUCAAUGCACACCAUGAAUUAUGGUCUUCGGAGAACGACGGAUCUGAAAACCCUAUUUCCUAUCCUGCUUCUUCUGCCUCAAACGGCCCAGGACCUGAUGGAGUAUUGAACGCUCGCCUCCAUGCGUCCUAUGCGCUGUGUCUGGCGGCAGCGAGAUCGAUUCUUCAUCUCUCGGUGACGUAUUUCCAGAAUUUGAGUGAUCCCAGGAAUACCCUGAUCUGGAUAAGCCCAUACUUCCCAUUCUCUGCAUUCUUGACAUUAUUCUCGUUUAUGUUACAUUCCCCUCUUGAUCCGAAAGUUGAUGCAGAUCAAGCUCUUAUGGAGGGAACAAAAAGUUGCAUCAAUGGAAUGCUGCAUACGCUGGAUAGGACGACCAUGGUGUUUAUGGCAGACAUUGUCAGCGAGCUUCUCACAAUUGCCAAACAGCAUGUCGAGAAUGUCCGCGCUCACAUCGGCCAAGGGAAGGAGAAGGGCUCGACGGUACAGGAGACUCCUGAUGAACGAGGUUUCGCGGACAUCACGCACAUUGGCCCUGAUACUUACAUCGAUCUGAAUGCGUGCAGUAUCAUACAACCGUCAUUGCCGGCAAGUUCUCAGCCUCAACAGGAUUUCAUGGCGAGGCUAGAUCCAACUACCGUUGAGGUGCAGACUGGAUUCAACUUUCCUGGCGGUCAGUCUGCUACGGAUUCGGCUAAUGCACUAAAUGUUGGAUUUGACCCAAAUCUAAUGUGCGACGUGGGCCAAUUCUCGAUGCCGCAAUCCUUGAUGGACGACCCGUUCUUCUUUGUCGAGGACGCUGGUUGGGACUGGAGCUAUUGA